GUAUAUAUUUAAACGCACAUCGAUGAUGAUACACAAAGAAGUUACAGUAGUUUGAAUUUUAUCAUUGUUACCACACCAUUGCAGUUAAAUUUCAUAAGUUACUGUCAGGUAUUAGUUUGUAUUAAGAAUUUUAUCAUUGUUACCACACUAUUGCAGUUAAAUUUCAUAAGUUACUGUCAGGUAUUAGUUUGUAAUAAGAAGUAUCGUAAAUUUGAUGUUUACAAUGAUAUAUGUAUUUAAUCGAAAAAUGAUUUAUAAUCACAUGUAUAAUAAAUCAUAAAAAGUAUAUUAAUUCAUAAUUUAAAAUUGAAUUAAAUUACCAUUGAAAUUAUUAUUGCAUUUAGAAUAGUUAUAUUUUAAUAUGUAAGUAUACGUAGUACAAUAAAGUAUUGACUUCUAAAUUGUAAGGCACAAUUAUAAUAUAUAUGUUUAAUUAAAUACAGUGAAAUAAGGUGAAAUACAGUAAAAUAAUAAUAUAUAUGUUUAAUUAAAUACAGUGAAUUAAAUAUUUAAUUAAAUACAGUUUUUAAAUAAGGCAAUAACGAUGACAUCAAUGUUUGAUCAGUAUGAACAAGCAUCUCAAAGAUCAAAACAAUUAUAUGCACCACCAAUUCGUCCAGAUAUUAGUACUGCUGGAUUUAUUCAAAUGAAAUUUCAAGAUGAUGGGCCAAUUUUUAUUAAACAGAAAGUUAAUUUUUUACCACCGGACAAAAUUUUACAUCUUGUUGUUAAUAAUAAUAUCAUUGUUAUUGCCAUGGCUAAUAAUCUUCUUUUACGUAUCGAUAUGAAACAUCCAGAUUCACCUGAAGAGAUCGAUAUAUCUAAAUAUGGAAUGAACAUGAAAAUGUCAGGAAUGUUUCUUGAUCCUCUAGGUAAUCAUUUGUUAAUAGCUUUGAUUUCAAAAUCUCAAGAACCUCCCAAUUCUCCCCCUGAAUUAUAUUAUUUACACAGAAAAACAACAAAAUUAAAACAGGCAAGUAAAUUCAAAGGACAUGAAAUUACUGCUGUUGGAUGGAAUUAUUCAAACUCUUCAGAAACUACUACAGGUCCAAUUCUCUUAGGGACAUCAAAAGGUCUUAUUUUUGAAACAGAAAUUGGUUUAGAUGGUGAUAAAAUAUUUAAUACAAGCUUGGAACAAUAUUGGCGUCAGGUAUUUGAUAUAGGGAAAGAUAGUAAACCACCAAUUACUGGAUUAGAGUUUCAUAAGAUACCAAGUACUGAUAAAUAUGUGAUUAUUGUUACUACUCUUAUGCGAAUUUAUCAAUAUAUUGGAGCAGUGCAAAAUCCAGAUGAAAAACCUUUAUUGCAGCAAAUUUUUAAUAAAUAUUUGAAUGUACAAGAAAGCUUCAAUGAAGUGAUAAAUCAUUUGCCUUAUUCUAAAAUUCAAUUUUAUUAUCCGUCACUUGGUAUUUUACCAAAAUCAUUUGGUUGGUUAACUGAAACUGGUAUAUUAUAUGCUCAGAUUGAUCCAAAAAUAGAUCCAAAAAGUGUAUUAACAAAUCAGCAGAUGUUAACUUGCCCUGAGGCGAGUUUAAUGGGAAUCAAUAUCUCACAAACAAGUACUGCACCAUUAUCAUUUGUCUUAACAGAAUUUCAUGCUUUAUUACUCUAUACAGAUCGUGUAAAAGGCAUGUCGCUUUUGAAUCAGGAUUUGAUAUUUGAAGACAUUUAUAAUGAUGCAGUGGGAAAAUUGCUUAAUAUUACCAAGGAUUAUGUAACACGUUCCAUAUGGGCUUAUAGUGAAAAAGCAGUAUUUAAAUAUAAAGUUAAUAAGGAAGAUAGAAAUGUUUGGCAGAUCUAUGUUGAUAAAGGUGAAUUUGAACUUGCAAAACAAUAUUGUAAAGAUAAUCCAGCACAUAUAGACCAAGUGCUUGUAAGACAAGCAGAAAUGCUUUUCAAAAAUAAGGAAUAUGAGGAAAGUGCUCUCAUCUAUGCAGAUACUCAUUCAUCAUUUGAAGAAAUUUCUUUAAAAUUUUUACAGGAAUGGCAAAUAGAAGCAUUAAAAACAUUUCUUAAAAAGAAACUUGAAGGAUUAAAAACACAAGAUAAAACGCAAAUAACUAUGAUUGUUGUAUGGGUAAUUGAAUUAUUUAUGAAUCAAAUGGGUGUAUUACGAAGUAAUAAUACAUCAUAUUUACACGAUUCACAAUAUCUAGAAUUACAAAAACAAUUUGAUAGUUUCCUUGCAAUACCAAAAGUUGAGGAAUGCAUAAAAAGAAAUCGCAGCACUAUAUAUGAUUUAAUGGCAACUCAUGGUGAUAAAGACAAUCUUAUUCGUUUAACUAUUAUGCAUUGUAAUUAUGAAGAAGUAAUACGUCAGCAUUUAUAUAAAAAUAAUUAUUUAGAAGCUCUUGAAGUUCUAAAAAGCCAAAAUAAUAAAGAGUUGUUUUAUCACUUUGCUGGUAUUCUUCUACAAGAACUACCGCGCCCUACAAUGACUGCUUUAAUAUCACAAGGUUCUUUAUUAAAGCCAUCUAAGCUCCUUCCAGCUUUAGUAUCUUGUAAUACUGACGAAAAACAUGCAAAAGAAGUAAUCAGGUAUUUAGAAUUCUGCGUUUAUAAACAAAGCUGUCAAGAACAGGCAAUCCAUAAUUUUCUAUUGUCUUUAUAUGCGCGUUAUAAACGGGAUGAAGUAAUGCGUUAUAUUAGCUCUCAAGGGCAAGAUAUAAAUAUGGUACAUUACGAUGUGCAUUAUGCAUUACGAUUAUGCCAAGAAGUUGGCUUAACAGAAGCUUGUGUACAGUUAUCUGCUUUACUUGGAUUAUGGACAACAGCAGUUGAUUUAGCUUUAACAAUUAAUGUUGAUCUUGCUAAACAAAUAGCUGCUAUGCCCUCUGAUCAUGAUGAUGAAUUAAGAAAAAAGUUGUGGUUAAAAAUCGCUGAACAUGUGGUUCGAGAAAAAGAUGACAUUCAACAAGCAAUGGAAUUUUUGCAACAUUGCGAUAUAGUUAGAAUAGAGGAUAUAUUACCUUUUUUUUCAGAUUUUGUUACUAUAGAUCACUUCAAAGAUGCCAUCUGCAAUUCAUUACAGGUGCACAUUUGUCAAUACGAAAGACACAUGCAAUACUUGUAGCGUUCAGUUACUAUUACGACCUUUCUACGUAUUUUCGUGUGGACACAGAUUCCAUAGUGAUUGUCUUGUAGCUGCGUUAACACCUAUGUUGUCAAUGGAUCAGAGAACAAAGCUAGCUGAUCUUCAACGACAACUUACUGCUCUUUCAAGUAGACCUGAAGAUACUAGAUCAGUUGGAUCUGUAACUUUAUCUACAAAAGAUCAAAUUAAGGCUGAUAUUGAUGACUUAAUAGCUUCUGAAUGUUUAUAUUGUGGAGAAUUAAUGAUAGAGUGAGUUUAAAUUUUUUUAAUUUAUGUUCUAGUUUAUGUGAUAUAUAUAAACUAAAAUAAUGAAUUUUUUUUGUAUUGCAGGUCGAUAGAUAAACCAUUUAUUGAAGAAGAAGAUUAUGAGAGAGUAAUGAAAGAAUGGAUA